AUGAGCGUCCGCGACUUGCGGUCGCCUUCGGCGACGACUCCGUUACUUCAAGCAGCCGAGCCGCACCCAUCUGCACCGCAUCCGACCCUAUCAUCUGUAGACGGCUGCGACUCGAGCAAGCAGGGGCAGGCGCACAUUGUGGUACUUGGGGGGUCUGCCAGCAGGCACGGGCAGGGGGGCGCGGAUGGCGAUGGGGGCGCGCAAGUGCGCGAGGGGCACUGGGGGGAUGCGCAGGUGCCGGAGCACGGCAGCGCGCACGCGGGUGCGCACGGGCACGGCGAGGUGGCGCACGUGGGGUCGGCGUGCAGGACGCUGGGCAACGUGGUGAUCUCGAUCGUGGGCGCAGGCGUGCUGGGGCUGCCCUUCACGUUCCGCCAGGCCGGGUGGCUCGUGGGGUCGUGCGCCAUCGCCGGUAGCGCGUCGCUCAGCUUCCACUGCAUGAUGCUGCUGGUGCGCGCCGUGACGGAGCGGGGGCGGCCGGGCGAGAACAUGCGGAGGAGGGAUCGGAAAAGGGGGGAAGGGAAGGGAAAUGGGAGAGGGGGGAUACAGGGCGGGAUAAGGACGGUGCGGUGUCGGCGGCUGGUGGCGGAGAGGGGCGGCGGCGUGAUCAACACGUACGGCGACCUGGGCUACCACGCGUGCGGGCAGGUGGGGCAGCGCGCGGUGGACGUGUUGGUGCUGGUGUCGCAGGGCGGGUGCUGUGUGGCGUACCUCAUCUUCGUGGGCGAGAACCUCGCCUCCAUCCUGCCCGCCUGCCCCACGCUGCCUGGUGCCUCCGUCAAGACCACCCUCAUCCUGCUGCUCUCGCCCCUGCAGGUGCUUCUAGCGUGGGUGCGCUCGCUCACGGGCCUCGCGCCCUUCAGCAUAUUCGCUGACGUCGCCAACCUGCUUGCCAUGGCCGUGGUCAUCCGCGAUGACGUCAGCAGCUUCACGCGCCCCACAGCAGUGUACCCGUGGACAGGGCUGGCAGCGGUGCCCUUCGCCCUGGGCGUGGCGUGCUACUGCUACGAGGGCUUUGCCAUGACGCUGCCGCUCGAGGCGUCCAUGAAGGACCGCCGCAAGUUCCCCCUGGUGCUGGGCGGGGGCAUCUUCUGCAUCACGCUGCUCUACAUCGCGUUUGGCAUCGUGGGGUACGUGGCGUUCCAGGACGGCACCAAGGAGAUCAUCACGCUCAACCUGCCGCGCGACCUCUCCACCGACAUCGUGAAGCUGGGGCUGUGUGUGGGGCUCUUCUUCACGUUCCCCGUGAUGAUGCACCCGGUGCACGAGAUCUUUGAGCGCCGCCUCAUGCUCACGCCCGCCUUCCAGCGCCAUGUGCAGCCCUACCCGCGCCUGCGCCGAUUCCUCCUGCGCUCCGUGCGCUCCCUCAUCGUGCUGGCUGCGGCCGUGGUGGCGGUGCAGGUGCCGGGCUUUGCCACGUUCAUAGCGUUUGUGGGGUCGUCUGUGUGCGCGCUGCUGGCGUUUGUGCUGCCCGCCACCUUCCACCUGCAGAUCCUGGGCCGCGACGCCACGUGGGCAGCCAUCUGCUCCGACUCCGCCCUCAUUGCGUUUGGCUUGGCCUUUGCUGUCUAUGGCACCUACUCCACCAUCUGGACCGGGGCGCGGGAUCUCCGUUCGUCAGUCGGGGCCAUACCAGCCAGCGCGAUCACACCUCAACCUCCGCCGUGCUUCGUGUACGCAUCCGGUCCAGGCACCGUCUCCCCGGUCCUUAUGAAGUCGUCCUCGCGCAACUACUUCGCCGCGCUCUCGUCGCCCGACGCGGAUGCGCCCGACUGCACCCCGCCGCUCUCGCCGACUCGCGAACCUGCUGCGACCAGUCGCGAUGCCGCCGCGCCUGUCAGCGCCGGGUCGCCUCCCGCCGUGCCUCGCACCGUCGAACCGGCCGUGCUCGCCGGCGGCCCGUCCGCCCAGGCGACGGGGCAUGGCGGCGGGGGACGCGGCGAGGACGGCGGGGACGCGCGUCAAGACGACGACGGUGACUGGCGGGUGGUGGGCGACACGAGCGGCGCAAGGAACGCGGGGGGCGGUGCGGCGACACCUGCGAAGGUGGCAGCCGUGGCGGCGAGCGAGGCGCGCGCGGCGCAGGCGGUGGAGGUGAAGCUGCGACGGCCGCUGAUAUGGGUGGACCUGGAGAUGACCGGGUUGGACGUGCAGCGGGAUCACAUACUGGAGAUCGCGUGCGUCGUCACGGACGGGGACCUCAAGCAGCGCUUCGAGGGGCCGGACCUGGCGGUGCAUCAGAGCGAGCAGGUGCUGGCGGGCAUGAACGAGUGGUGCCAGCACCACCACCACGCCAGCGGGUUGGUGGAGCGAGUGCGAAGCAGCACAGUCACCUUGGCAGACGCAGAGCAGAAGGUGCUGGCGUUUGUGAGGCGCUACUCUCAGGAGGGCCAUGCAUCGCUGGCAGGCAACUCCAUCUACGUGGACCUCAUGUUCCUGCAGAAGCACAUGCCGCGCCUGGCAGCGCACUUCUCGCAUGUGCUCGUGGACGUCAGCUCCGUGAGAGCCUUGGCACAGCGCUGGUACCCCAAAGCGGCGGAGAGUGCACCGCGCAAGGAGCAGCGGCAUCGGGCACUGGAGGACAUCAACGAGAGCAUCAACGAGCUCAAGCACUUCCGAGCCACCAUCUUCAAACAGCCCCGCCCCUCCAAGCAUGCUUGA